GAGAGACAGCGAGAGAGAGACAGAGAGUCAGAGAGAGAGCGACACAGAUAGGGAGGUAGAGACAGAGAGACACACAGAGAUAGAGAGACAGAGAGACACAGGGAGGGACACACAAGGGAGAGAGAGAGAGAGAGAGAGAGGUAUUAGCGAUUUGUGUCCAAAGAUGAAGAUUAAGUGAAGAUAGUUCCUGUGCCGCUUUCUAAACAGCAAUCCUUAUCUAGUUCAGCAGAAAUCAUAUGCCACGCAGCCCUUUCUAUUUCAUAUGGUUUCGUUUAAAGAUAAUAACAAUUAACUGGGAAUAAAAUGUAGAUUUAGCUCAAAUAUUAAGAAAAAUCACUCCGCGCAUUGUCAAACAGUCGUGUCGAGCUGCUACCCUGAAUUUAAACAAAGGCGGAAGUACGCGUGAGUGAAUGAUCUCGCCUCGCUCCUCUCCUUGAAUGCAGCCUGAAUAAUCCAAAUAAACAACUGUGGGAAAGAAGCUAGAGGCUGCAAACUGUUUUUAUCUCUAAUAUAUAUAUCUGUUUGUAUCAGACCUCAUCAUGUCGCAUAUGGAGAAACACUUAUUCAACCUCAAGUUUGCGGCCAAGGAGCUACAGCGCAACUCAAAGAAAUGUGACAAAGAGGAAAAGGCAGAAAAGGCUAAAGUGAAGCGGGCCAUCCAUAAGGGCAACAUGGAGGCAGCCAGGAUCCAUGCAGAGAACGCCAUCCGUCAAAAGCAUCAGUCCCUUAACCUCUUGAGGAUGAGCGCCCGUGUGGAUGCGGUGGCGUCCAGGGUCCAGACUGCUGUCACACUGAACCAGGUAUCUAAAUCCAUGUCCGGGGUGGUCAAGAGUAUGGAUGCUAUACUGAAAAGCAUGAACCUGGAGAAGGUCUCUGCAUUAAUGGACAAGUUUGAAAAGCAAUUUGAAACUCUUGACGUGCAGACAGCUCAGAUGGAAGACACGAUGGGCAACACCACAACUCUGACGACACCGCAGAAUGAAGUGGAUAUGCUGUUGCAUGAGAUGGCUGAUGAAGCAGGUUUGGAUCUUAACCUGGAGCUUCCUUCAGGCCAGACUUCAUCACUGGCCUCGUCUGUGGCCUCAACAGAGCAGGACGAACUCUCCCAGAGGCUGUCCAGGCUCCGAGACCAGGCGUCAUAAUGAUGCAACAAAGAACAAGAGUUGAAGGAGGCAGAAGAGCAAGAGGAGCGACAGAGUGACAGGGAGGAAAAAGAACGAACGAAAAAGAUGCUGCAUGUCUGCAAAGCUCUGUGCUCUAUUUUUUGUUCCAGGUAUUUUUCUCUUGUAAGGAAAAAAGAAGUUGCUUCAUAGCAGGAGAGGAUUGUUUUAAGAGAGCUGUUGUUUACAGUCCUGGUAUUCAUUACAUCACUCUAUGACAGCAUUAAUUGGCAUGUUCAUAUUUAUAAUGUAUUCAUUCAUAUUUAUUAGCUCAGCAAUAACACUAUGCUAUGUGUUAAUUUGUUCUUGAUUUAAUUGUGUAUUGUUUAAUUAUUUAUUGUUUAUUUAUUUAUGUAUUUAUUUACUGAUGGAAAAUUGCUAAGGGCAUGUUUUGACUUCAAGACUGAGGAUCUUUCCUGGUGCAGCUCGGUGUUUUGCUUCCAGUUUUGGCUGCUACUGAAACUCUUUUUUUUUAAUAAUUAAUCCCAAAAGAGGUCUCAUGAUAAAUAAUUGCCUUGAAACAUCUGGAAUAUUUAAGAUUUUCUUAACGUAGCCGUAACCACUGUAGUGGAUCACAAUGCACUUAUAUGCACAGACAGAAUGUCAUUAAAGGAAGUUUCAACAUG